UGCAACUUUCACUUUCACAUUUAUCUGUCACAGUGCAGACAUUUGAAGUAUGAAAUGGCGGACUCUGCAUCAUUCAGAGACGAAGUCUCGAAUCCAGGGGCCCAGAGACGCAAAAGUGUGGAUUUAUUACCCCCUACAAUGUCUGAAAGUCCUACAGAGAUAAGGAUUGUGAUGCUCGGCAAGAAUGGCUCUGAGAAGAGUGUUGUUGGGAACUUGAUCCUGGAUACAAUGGCAUUUGAUCCUAUCUGUGUACAAAGUCGCUGUGAGAAAGUCAGGGGUCAGGUGGAGGGAAGACACAUAGCUGUGAUCAACACUCCAGACCUGUUAAACCCUCACAUGUCACAUGACAAACUCUCAGAGGAUCUGCGUUGGUGUGUCACUCUGUCUGACCCGGGACCUCAUGUGUUCCUGUUGGUGCUGCAGCCUGAGGAGUUCACACAGGAAGAGGGAGACAGAAUCAGGACAAUCCUAGACACCCUCAGUGACCGGUCCUUUGACUACUCAAUGGUAUUGACAACUCAUGAAGACAAGAGGGGACACAUGGAUGAGAAUCACCCUCUGAAUCAGAUGGUCAGAGCCUGUAGAGGGAGGCAGCACCUCAGUGACCGCACUCAACUUAUGGCAGAUGUUGACAGGAUUGUAAAGGAGAAUGGAGGAGACUAUCUCACCUGUGAUGUAUUUGAAGAUACAAGUGACAUGAAACAAGGGAAAGACGAAAUCCACAGGAGUAAAACUGAUUGGAGCCUCAAAUCUUCCUCUGAGGAAGAACUUGGAAAGGAUGUUUUGGAACAAGGUAAAUCAGCACAAUUGGGCAAUUGGAAGAAAAUGAGAGAAAUUGGAUUGACGUCAAUUAAUGAAAACCUGGGGGAGCAAUCACGCAGUGGAGAAAAAUAUGAGUCUCAACUCCGGAUUGUGCUUCUGGGGAGGAGUGACGACAAGAAGAAAACAGUGGGUAACAUUAUCCUACAGCAAAGGGCUUCUCCAGGAAUAGGCCUUUCUGCUGGUUUGUUUGGCAAAAAACAGCAAUGUGAGUCAGCCAGUGGGAAAUUGAAGGGCAAGUCUGUAACUGUAGUAAAGACUCCAGACUUCUUUGCUCUGCCUGUGGAGUCCCUGAUGCAGGAGAUGGAGAAAUGUAAGUCCCUCUCUGCUCCUGGGCCUCAUGGGGUCCUGCUGGUGUUGAAGCCUGAGGAGUUCACAGAGGAGAACAGAAACACAUUCAAGUUGAUCCUGAGCAUAUUUGGUAAAGAGGCCUUCAAGUACUCAAUGGUGAUCAUUACUCACCACAAGGGAGUCACAGGAAAUCCUCAUCUGAGACAAAUGAUCGAAGAAUGUGGAGGAAGGUAUCAUGAAAUGUACAAACAAGGAAGUGACCACGAAGAGUUAACUAAAAAGAUAGAAAAGAUGGUAGAGGAGAAUGAAUGGAGAUACCUCACCUCCAAUGAAGAGACGACACAUGAUACCAUGACACCAAAGGCUCAGAGACUGAACGUGGUGCUGUGUGGCAGAAGAGGAGCUGGGAAGACUUCUACAGCCAAUGCCAUACUGGGUCAGACAGAGUCCAGUCCAAAGUCCAGCUCCUCCUCAGUGUGUGUGAAGAGAGAAGGAGAGGUGUGUGGUCGGCCGGUCACCCUCAUCGAGCUGCCUGCUCUGUAUGGAACACCUCUCACUCAGGAGGAAGUGAUGCGUGAGACUUUCCACUGUGUCUCUCUCUGUGACUCUGGAGUCCAUGCUUUCCUCCUGGUUGUACCUUUGGGUCCAAUCACUGAUGAAGACAAAGGAGAGUUGGAGACCAUCCAGAAGAUACUCAGCUCACGAGUCAAUGACUUUAUCACGGUCCUGUUUAGACAGGAUAACAUUCCAGUUGAUAAAACUGCAGUUAAGUUUGUGGAACAAAAUGCAGACACAAAGCAACUCAUCAAGAUGUGCGGAGGGCGAUAUAAAAUCUUUGAUGCUUUGAAGAUUGUUAACGUCAAGCAGACGACAGAACUUGUAGCAGAAAUAGUCAAAAUGAUGGAUCAGAACAGAACCUGCUACACUCUGUACAUGUACAUGGAGGCUAAACACCAAUCAGAACUGGACCAAAACAGAAGAAUCAAGGAUUUAGAGGAGAGAAUCAGGAACAUGUCACAAGGUGCUGAAUUGGAGUGUUCCAGCACAGAGUGCAUAAGGGUGGUGCUGAUUGGGAAAACUGGAAAUGGGAAGAGCGCCUCCGCAAACACUAUCCUGGGCAGAAAGGAAUUUGAGUCUAAACCCAGCACUGAUUCUGUGACAACAGUUUGCAAGAAGGCAGUCGGCAAAGUUGAUGGAAGAACAGUUUCUGUGGUGGACACACCUGGACUUUUUGACACAACAUUGUCUAAUAAAGAUGUUCAGCAAGAGAUAGUGAAAUGUGUUUCCCUGUCAGCUCCUGGACCCCAUGUGUUUAUCAUAGUGUUGAGUAUCGGGAGAAUCACACAAGAGGAGCUGGACACUUUGGACCUCAUAGAGACAACCUUUGGUCCACGGGCAGGAAUGUUCUGCUUAGUUCUGUUUACUAGAGGAGAUGACUUGGAAAAUGAAUCAAUUCAAGAUUACAUUGGGAACAGCAAGAUUGCCAAACUGAAAAAACUGAUCAGAGAUUGUGGAGACAGAUUCCAUGUCUUCAACAACAAAGACAAAACUAACCACACACAGGUCACUGAGCUUCUUAAGAAGAUUAACAAAAUGGUGUCCAUGAACAAGGGCAGUUUCUACACCAAUGACAUGUUCCAGGAGGCAGAGGCAGCCAUUAAACAAAAACAGGAAGCAAUACUGAAGGAGAGAGAGAUGGAGAUAAAGGCUGACAUGGAGAAACUGAAGGUCAACCAUGAAACAGACAUGGAAAAGAUGAAGUCAAAGUUGGAAGAGGAGAGAUUGAAAGUUCAGGAGGAACGACAUCUGAGAGAAAAAUGUUGAGAGAGAGAGAGGAAGCUAUUAGAAAAGAGCAUGAAGACAAGGAGAAAGCAGAGAAGGAAGGAAGAGAGUUGGAGGACAAAAAAGGAAAGAAGAUGAAAAGUUGAAAAAGAAAUAUGGGACACAGAAAAAGAGAAGAUGGAAAAAGAGAUUAAAACUCACGAAAUAAAGUUGAAAACCCUCCAAAGAGAAAAGGAAGAAGAAUAUAACAUGAGGAUGGAAAAACUGAGAAAAGAAGAGAAAGACAGAGAAGAACAGCUUCAAAAUCAAGAAAGAAAGUUUGAUCAACUUAAAAGGGAACAGGAGGAAGAAAUUAAAAGGAGAGAGAAAGAAGAGGAUGAGAGGAGAAAGAAGGAAGAGAAAGUAAGACAAGAGUGGCAAAGCAAAAUAGAGGAAGCAGAGAAAGGUCAAACAGAUCUCCAAGAGGUCAUGCGUAGAGAAAAAGAGGAAUGGGAGGAACAGUUGAAGAAAGAAAGAGACAGACAACAGGAAGAAGAAAGGCUAAGGAGACAGAAGGAGGUAGAAACUCAUGUAGAACAGGAGGAAAAACAGAGGAGAUUGAGAGAGCAGUUUGAAAGAGAGAGGGAACAAGAGAGAAUAAAGAUGAAGCAAUCAGAAGAGCAGAGGAGAGAAAUAGAGCAAAAAGAAAGAGACCGAAUAGAAAAAGACUUUGAAGAAAAGAGGAGAGAGUUGACAGACAAAAUGACAAUGCAACAAGAGCAGUGGGAGAGAGAACAUAGAGAGGAACAGGAAAGAAGAUUUCAAGAGAAUGUAAAUCGAGGAGUGGAGGAGAGACUAAGACUAAGAAAACUGGAGGAAACAUUUCAAGAAGAACGUGAAGAAGAAAACAGGAGGAAAGAGGAGGAAGAUAAAGUCAGGAGAGAUCAA